CAAGGAAAGCAUAUUAACAAGGAAACAAAGUAUAUUUACACGGAAAACAACCAUAUUUACAAGGAAAACAACCAUAUUUACAAGGAAAACAACUAUAUUUAUAAGGAAAGCAAGCAUAUCAACAAGGAAAACAACCAUAUUUACACGGAAAGCAAGUAUAUUUACAAGGAAAGCAAGCAUAUCAACAAGGAAAACAACCAUAUUUACAAGGAAAACAGCCAUAUUUACAAGGAAAACAACCAUAUUUACAAGGAAAACAAGUAUAUUUACAAGGAAAGCAAGCAUAUUAACAAGGAAAACAACCAUAUCAACAAGGAAAACAACCAUAUUUACACGGACAACAAGUAUAUUUACAUGGAAAGCAAGCAUAUCAACAAGGAAAACAACCAUAUCAACAAGGAAAACAACCAUAUUUACAAGGAAAACAACCAUAUUAACAAGGAAAACAACCAUAUUUACAUGGAAAACAACCAUAUUUACAAGGAAAACAACCAUAUUUACAGAAAGACUGCUUUUGUUCAGGAGAACCAUUUCGCCUCCUAUCUCUCAUCCGCAGCCAGAUCUCAUGUUAAUGGUUUUUCUUAUAGAAUCUGGCAUAAUCCUAAUAUUGGGUUGAGCUACUUGACAGCUCAUAUCCGAAUCAGCACAGUUUGUUUCGAUCUACAUAAAGUACAGAAAUUCCAACUGUAA